AUUCGAUGGAAGACGGGCCGUGGCGUGCCCCCGCGUUGUUAGCGGGUUGGGCCGGCCUGCCACAGAAACCGACCGUGCCGGCUGUCCAUGGGCCAUGGCCACCCCUACCCACCGCCCCCUUCCUCGUCGUCGCCGGCAAUCGCCAGCCAGUCCGCCACCGGCCAGCCGCGCAGGGCCAGCGGGAUGACCCGGAAGCCCGGGCGGAAGCUUCCGCCUCCCCCCUCGCCGGAGCCGUACCCUGAACACCCCUCCCCUUCCCCCGCGCAAUGCCUCGCCGUCCGCGACGUCCUCCUCGCGUUCCACGGCUUCCCCGAGGAGUUCGCGCCGUUCCGCCGCCUCCGCGGCUCCCCGGAGGACACGGAUGAUGCGACGCCGUCUCCGGGGGCGCCCGCCGUCCUCGACGGGCUCGUCACGACCCUCCUCUCGCAGAACACCACCGACGCCAUCUCGCGUCGCGCCUUCACGUCCCUCAAGGCCGCGUUCCCCACCUGGGACCAGGUGGUGGAUGAGGAGGGGAAGAGGCUGGAGGACGCCAUCCGGUGCGGGGGGCUGGCGGCGACGAAGGCGGCGAGGAUAAGGGCGAUGCUGAGGGGCGUGAGGGAGAGGAGGGGCAGGAUCUGCCUCGAGUACUUGCGGGAGCUGUCCGUGGAAGAGGUGAAGACGGAGCUCUCGCGGUUCAAAGGGAUCGGGCCAAAGACUGUGGCCUGUGUGCUGAUGUUCUAUCUCCAGAAGGAUGAUUUUCCAGUAGAUACUCAUGUACUCCGAAUUACAAAGGCUAUUGGUUGGAUUCCAGCAACAGCUAGCAGAGAGAAGGCAUAUCUUCAUCUGAAUAGCAAAAUUCCUGAUGAUCUGAAAUUUGAUUUGAAUUGUCUAUUUGUAACUCAUGGAAAGCUUUGUCAAUCAUGUGCCAAAAAGCUAGGAGGCAAGAAAGCAAUGGGUCCGAAUUCUGUGUGCCCCCUAACAAGUUAUUGUUGCACUGAAGAAAAAAUGACACAAUAGCCAAGGAAUUGUUUAUUGUUAUUGGUAUUUUCUGAAGUAGUAUCACAAUCUCUCAACAACACUGAUGGAAAAGGUUUUUAUGUGCUCAAACUCAACUCAUCUGAUGGAAAUCUCAGGUCCCUUUUCUUGUUUGUCAGUAUCGAACUUCCAUGCUCCAGCUGUAUGAUUUUAGUCUAGAUCCCUUACAUAACUGAUUUCUAGUUUUGUACAAUGUAGUACUAGCUAGGUAACUAGUUUGGAUGAGAAGCAGAACUAUGGGCAUUGAUCACGAAAUUUUUUUAUUAAAUAAACCUUUUUAUCAAGUAAUUUUAUUACUAAACCAUCAAACAAAAUUUUUCCA